UAGUAUUGAUAAUCAGCAAAUAAAAGCCCGACAAAAAGUUGGCUGUGAACAAAAAGAAAUAACAUACUAACACACACAUUGUACUGCACGCGCCUUUCGAAAACUUUGAUUUAAGUUAAAGUCCAGAAACUGGAUAAAGACUGUGGAAUUAGUAAAUUAUAUCCCAUUAAGUUAAUCUGCUAACAAAACACCAACAUAUAAAACAGUUGACAAGCGACCCUCCUUUGCAAUAGCCGUCGUGUGAGAAAGGCGCACAGAAAGGAAUGCUGUGGACGGUGCAUCUGGAUGGAGGUCCACAGCGUGUCAAUCAUGCCGCAGUGGGCGUGGGCGAUUUCAUUUAUAGUUUUGGCGGCUAUUGCACCGGUGACGAUUAUCGCUUCAAUGAGCCGAUCGAUGUACAUGUGCUGAAUGUGCAUUCGAUGCGAUGGACGCUAGUGCCACAGCAAUGCGACAGCGAUGGCGAUCCCCUCAAGUAUCCGCUGGUGCCGUUCCAGCGCUACGGUCACACUGUCGUCGCGCACAAGGAGCGCAUUUACAUUUGGGGCGGUCGCAACGAUGAGCACCUGUGCAAUGUUCUCUACUGCUUCGAUCCGAAAACCGCUCGUUGGACACGACCGGCGGUCAGUGGCUGUCUACCGGGAGCACGCGACGGUCACUCUGCCUGCGUCAUUGGCAACUGCAUGUACAUUUUCGGGGGAUUCGUUGACGAGAUCAACGAGUUCAGCAGUGAUGUGCAUGCGCUGAAUCUGGAGACAAUGGAGUGGCGUUAUGUGCAGACAUUUGGCGUUCCUCCCACGUAUCGGGACUUUCAUGCUGCCGUUGCCUACGAGGAGGAGCGUAUGUACAUCUUUGGGGGGCGGGGCGACAAGCACAGUCCAUACCAUAGCCAGGAGGAGACCUACUGUCACGAGAUUGUGUAUCUGGACAUGAAGAGCAAGGUCUGGCAUCGUCCCUUUACCGCCGGCAAAGUGCCAGUGGGUCGACGCAGUCACAGCAUGUUUGUGCACAACAAACUGAUCUUUGUCUUUGGCGGCUACAACGGAUUACUCGAUCAGCAUUUCAACGAUCUGUACACAUUCGAUCCCCGGACCAAACUCUGGAAUCUGGUGCGUGCCAAUGGCCAGGCGCCAACGGCUCGUCGACGCCAGUGUGCCAUUGUCAUGGGCACUCGCAUGUUCCUCUUCGGCGGCACCAGUCCUCGCUGCUCCACGCCCCAGAUGCACCAAUCCGCGUCCGCAUCACGUGCAACGGAUGCAACGCCACCAUCAGCAGCAGCAUCAGCUGUGACCACACUGAUUGACUACAGCGAUCUGCAUGUGUUGGACUUUGAGCCAACACUCAAGACUCUGGCCACAAUGGUGGUGCUGAAGCAUCAGCUGGACAUCUCCGGACUGCCGCGCAGUUUCCGUGCUGAUCUUAAUAUGCUGACACAGCCCAACAGUAUUACACGGCCCAUCAAUCAGGCUGGCUAGCGUUUAUUACUGUUCUUGUUACUGUUGCUAUGUCUAGACACAAAGAAAAACAUAAACAAAUG